ACGACGACGAUGGCAUUGCCCACGCUUGAGCCCGCCGACUUGCUAUCGCCGUCCGCCUACGCGUCGGCGAGCAGCUGCAAAGGCUGCACCGUGUGCCUCCGCCCGUUCUCAUUCUUUGCCGCCAAGCUCCAUUGCGCCCUGUGUGGCGAGGUGGUUUGCCAAGCCUGCACGCAGUUGGCUUCGGUCGAGACGCACUCGGCACAAGUGAAAGUGUGCUCGCCGUGCUAUGAGAACCACCCGCACCUCUUUGGCCGCUACAAGCCGCAGGGUGCGGAUGGCACCGACGAGUGCCAUCGCCCGGGUCCGCGCAAGUGGCCAAGCGACCAACGCUUCAUUCGACCCGACCAAAUCGCAGCGCCGCGCGCAGCGCGUGUUGACUGCGCCCGCUGCCGCCGCCCGUUUCCGUGGCUCAGCACAACCUAUGGCUGUGCGACGUGCGGCGACCACUACUGCUCCGAGUGCACGCUUGCGGGUCUUGCUUUGCGUCCCGACGGCCAUUCGUCCUACGACGUGCGGGUAUGCUCGACGUGUGCGAUGAUUGCAAUCGUCGAUGGCGGCAGCUACGACCAGUGCAAGGUGCUGCUGCCGCAGAUCCGUGCGCUCUUCCACGCACCCGACUUUCCGUCAAACACAACGUCGCUGGACCGCGACAGCGUACUGCGCAAGGCGCUGGACUUUGACACCAGGGCCAUUCUCCCCGAGAGCAGUCUCGCGACGGAGGCCGCGUUGGUGUCGCUGUACGAACGCAACACUUGCUCUAGCUGCAGUAGCUGGGGCCGCUUUCUGCUGACCAAGCGCCAUUGCGCUGUGUGCGGUGACGUGGUGUGUGCGCGCUGUCUGCUCUCCAAGCUCGCAGCAUCGCUGCCGGCGCUGAACACGGUGCGUGCAGUCCCCGAGUGUUUUCAAUGCAACGCCAAGCAGUGCUUUGGGCCCAACCCGUGGCUUCCCGCCGCCCCCGCGAGCAAGUUGUGGGAGCCCUAACCCUACAACCAGCGACACUGGUGAUCGGUAGCGCGUUAGUUUGGCGUACUGAAAACGGCGGGUUAAAUGCCAUGCUAUAUCGCAACCACGAGUAUAUUUCAACACAUCUCUUGCUUG